UGCGCCGAGAUCACAGUAUUAUUGGGAUCACACAGCGGGUAGAACAGGUUACCGACACAGCGCCGACAUGUCGUUUUGUUCAUUUUUCGGCGGAGAAGUCUUUAAAGACCACUUUAAACCAGGUAUCGUGUUGACAUUUUGUUUUUGACAACUGAGAAGUUUUUGCGUGUUGGUGCCGACUGUUUUAAACUAAAGUUUUCAGUAGCAAGUUAGCUGCGGGUUGCUAAACAUUUACGGGAAGUUCCCAAUGUUCAUGAAGUAAGAUGAAGCUACAGUUGAGGACCUUAGCGCGAAUCUAUGUGUGUUCCAAGUGUGACCACCAGCUGUUCUCCAGCCGCUCCAAGUAUGAGCAUUCGUCUCCUUGGCCAGCCUUCACGGAGACAAUCCAUGAGGACAGUGUGUCUAAGUAUGAGGAGAGACCCGGGGUGUACAAGGUACUGUGUGGGAAAUGCGGAAAUGGACUUGGUCAUGAGUUUGUGAACGAUGGUCCAAACAGAGGUCUAUCCCGCUUCUGAAUAUUCAGCAGCUCACUGAAGUUCAUCCCUAAAGAUAAGGUAGAUGGACAGUAAGGUGAGCGGCUGCGAGGGGGCAUGUCAGGAUUAGAUGUUCUUCUGUGCUGCUGAAGGUGUGGACAGUUUAUGAAGUGUCCUGGGACAAAGUCCUACUUGGACCACCAGAGCUCUGAUGAACAGUGACCUCACCAGAUGCCAAGGACCAAGAACCAGUGAAGAUGGCUUUUAACGUUUCAUCAGCUCAAAUACAGCAACUGGAUAAACCCCAUACAGAAUAACACUGAGCACUUAGACAAAAGGCUGUGUCAUUUAUUUUACACCAACAGGAUGUUUAAAUCAUUAUUUUGCUUUUUUGGUAACUUUUUACAAUACGGGUCCAUUCAUUAAUGUUACUUAAUGCAUUAAUAAGCAUUAAUAAACAAAAGAUCCCUCUAUUAAAGUUAUCGUGAUUGGUAACUAUUAAGUGUCUAUAAGGUUAGGACAAAGGGCCUGAGGGGUCUGUUUGGUAAUAUGGUUAAGCUGCGGUUAACACUUUAUAUAAUAGUUUAUUAAUGCUUAGUAGUGCACAAAGUACCAUUAUUAAAGGGACCCUUAUAGUAAAGUGUUGUCAAAAUGUUAAAUCUAAUGGGUACAUACCAUUUUGACUGCUGCAACAAUAGAAAUACUUGCUGAUAUAGUAAAAUAUAUUUGAAAGGUACAUAUAAAUCAAAUGCAACAACUAUUGUAGGUGCAGUAAUCAAAUAAAUGUAUUUUUAAUUUCA